UUUUCCGUCCCGAUUUCUGUAGUUCUCACGCAGUCCUGCUCGCGAGCCGUGCGCUGGAAAAUGGCAGUUCGUCAAGUUGAAAAGAUUAGUGCGGAAUGAAAAGGAAAAAGAAAGCAGCACUGUAGUUUAAAGAGGGAGCAGAUGGGAGUUAAAAACGCGAGGUCAGCCUAGAGUUAAGAGCGCACACGCGAUCCGAAGGAAAAUCCGCCGAGGCUUAGCAACGACUCGCCACUGUCAUCGCAUUACUCUGGGAGGAGGAAUGUUGAACGACCGGCUACCAGACAACACCAGUCGAUAAACUCAAAUACUUUAUUCAUUUUCCUGCACCUGAUUGAGCAUGUUGCCGACUCAUUCCCUCUGUUCCAUCAUUUGGUUGAACCGUGGGCUCAAGUCAAGAAAAAUUCGCUGUUUGGCUAACACCGGUCAGGUCUAAGCUGCAACACUAAGCUUCCCACCGCAUGGGCCCACACUGUAGGACAUGCUUAUAAUCUCCAGUCAAUAGUCCUUUAACAAAACGUCCCUCGGUCCAGUUUCAUCCCAAAACUCUUCUGCCUGGGGUGACUUUCAUUUCAUACUCUGAAAAUGGCUGCCGAUGGCUUCCAGUACAGAUCCAUGUACGCCUACCAUAAAGACUGGGAGGAUGUUCUUGACCUUGAACCUGGGGAUAUUCUGACUGUCGAGAAGGUGACUCUAAUGUCACGCGGCGUCAAGGAGGGAGACGAGGAGCACCCAGAAUGCCUUGGCUGGAUCUUGGGUUAUAAUGAGCGAACAAAACAGAGAGGAGACUUUCCAGGGACGUACGUGCAGUAUGUUGGAACUGUGAAAAUGUCAGUGUCGUCCUCCCAGCCUCGUUCUCAGAGACCACUUCCUGCUGUUCCCAGACCUGAGCCAACAGCCUCAGCACAGGCUGUUCCAGCCCCAGACUUGACCAAACAGUGUACACAGCCGGAAACCGUUCCCCCUGAUCUUGUUAAGUUGGUUGAGGCAAUUGAGCUGACAGGUCUGGAUUCUAAGAUACUGUACAGGACGUCCUGUUCCUCAGCCUCUGACAGUCAAAGACAGAGUGUUGCCGAACUGCAGGAGCUGGACGUGGGACAGUGGGACGUUCAUGCGCUCUCGGAAGCUCUCAUACAAUACCUGCGGGAACUUCCUGCCCCCAUCAUCCCUCCCUCCGUUUAUACAGACCUUCAGACAGCAGUGCAAGUAGAAUCGGAUGUUCCUUCAAUGAGGAGACGAGAGCAGCUGUUGCAAGCACUGGAGAACCCUGCAGUUCCACUACAGAACCUCCUGACGCUCCAUUAUUUACUCAAGCAUCUGGAGAAGGUCUUGCAGUGUGCCGAGCAGAACGGUCUAGACAUUCACACACUCGGCCAAACCUUUGGCCCUCUCCUGAUCAGGGGUCCUGUGAGCGGGUCAGAGGAAGAUGAGGAGUUUCCUGCAGUUGUCGUUGAGAAACUUCUUUUGGAGAGAAUUUGGGAACAAGAGCCAACACCUCCUGCUCUCCCUCCUAAACCUCCCAAAGCCAAGAUCAUGGCCUCAUCUGUUACCAAUGGAAACGGCUUAUUGAGUGAAGCCGAAUGGUACUGGGGAGACAUUUCCAGAGAGGAGGUGAAUGACAAAAUGAGAGACACAGCUGAUGGUACGUUUUUGGUGCGGGACGCAUCAAGCAGAGUUCAAGGAGAGUACACCUUGACCCUCAGGAAAGGAGGAAAUAACAAACUGAUCAAGGUUUUUCACCGUGGGGGGAAGUAUGGCUUUUCCGAACCUCUUACAUUUCUCUCUGUGGUGGAGCUGAUCAACCACUACCGUCAUGAGUCACUGACUCAGUACAAUGCCAAGCUGGACACUCGCCUGCUCUUCCCUGUGUCUAAAUAUCAGCAGGAUCAGGUGGUGAAAGAGGACAGUAUUGAGGCGGUAGGUGAGCAACUGAGGGUGUAUAACAAGCAGUAUGAUGAGAAGAGUCAAGAGUAUGACGCACUGUAUGAAAGAUAUACACGUUCAUCGCAAGAACUCCAGAUGAAACGAACAGCCAUCGAGGCUUUUAAUGAGACCAUCAAGAUUUUUGAUGAGCAGUGCGAGACCCAGGAGCGCCUCGGUCGAGAAAGCAUCGAGAAGUUACGCAGAGAAGGCAACGACAGGGAGAUCGAAAGAAUUCAGAGCAACUUUGAAAAGUUGAAGUCCAGAGUGAUAGAGAUACAUGACAGUAAGAGAAAGUUGGAACUGGACCUGAAGCAGCAAGCCACGGAAAAUCGCGAGAUAGACAAGAUGAUGAACAGCCUGAAACCGGACCUCAUCCAGCUGAGGAAGAUAACGGACCAGUAUAUCGGAUGGUUGACUCAGAAAGGCACUCGGCAAAAGAAGAUAAACGAAUGGCUGGGCUCAGGAAACCAGGGAAAAGAUGAUUCCAACUCUCUGGUGGUGGAUGAUGAUGACGAUCAAACACAUCUUGAUGAAUGCUCAUGGUACAUCAGAGACAUUAUGCGCACACACGCAGAGGAUCUUCUGAAAGGCAAAAGAGACGGCACCUUCCUCAUCAGAGAUAGUCAGACCCAGAAGGGCUCAUUCGCUUGUUCUGUAGUCGUGGACGGAGAGAUCAGGCAUUGCGUCAUUCACAAGACAGUCACGGGUUUUGGAUUUGCUGAGCCUUACAACCUUUACGGUUCCUUGAAAGACUUGGUCCUGCACUACAAACACACCUCCCUGGUCCAGCACAACGACUCACUGAAUGUAACCCUGGCCUACCCGGUCCUCGCGCAGCAGCCUAGAUGAGCACCGGGACGCGCAUUUAAAGCAUGAUUAAGCACAAUAUACGGAGCAAACUAUACUAACACCAACCUUUUAUGUUUAUCCUAGAAAACAGAUAAGCACAGUAUAAUAUUAUAAGUAAAUAUCUGGCUCUUUUGUAAGCCUGUAGUGUUUCGUAUCAAUCAGUAGCAGCUGCAGUCGUGUUCAUGAUAAGAUCACUUCAGUACUCUUUUAGUCUAAAACAAAGAAAGGGUCGUUUCGAAAAGUUGCAUAUACUGUAUUGGUCUGCAUGGGUCAAGCUUACAGAUCCUGACAGUUAGAGAGAAAAGUGUGAAAUGAUUCCUUAUAAGCUUGAACUAGUGCUUGGUUUCGGCUGUUUCUCACCUAUUUUAGACGAAGAUGAGUAAUUCCUAAAUCAAGUGGAAUUAAGUGAAAGUCACAGCUUUUGGAAAUCUUUUAGCCAUUAUGUUACUGCUGUGGGUUAUCAUCCUAUGUGUAUUACGUUUGGUAGUUUGCUUCUGCCAGCCGUAUGAAUAGAUUUCUCUUUAUGCGAAGAUGUGAAACAAACAAGUGAAUCUUUUUUUUUUGUCUAAAGUGGUGGAGGGACACUUCAGUCCUCUUAGCUUCCAAUCUGCCUCUAUCCUAAAAGCUAGUUGUCAUGGUUAAAGUAAAUAGCCAUCAACAACUUUAUACAUUUUUCUGUUCUACCACAAAGCUAGAGUCGGAGAUCCUAAUGGUUUCUGUGGUCUAGCAGAUGUUGGUGCUUCCUGGUGCUUUAUUUUUGACUCUUGUAAUGUGAGAAUGAGCUGUAGGGAAGAGUUAUGAUCCAGGACAGAGACCGUGUGGUGUAGACAAAGGUGAUCCCAAAGCAAUGACACACGCACAGCGAAAUCAGUCUCGCUCUGAAGAUAUUGUAGGGCGAUGGCAGUUAUUCAAUGGGGCGAACGGAUAAAAUGAAAAACCUUUCAGAAUUUUGAGGACAUCUUUGUUAAAGACUGCAGUGCAAUUCCACAAAAAAUGUUUUUUAAACGAGCCCUUGUUUUGUAACACUACUCCCCCUAGUGUUUCAUACUAUAGUAAGUGCUGGCUUGUUUAAAGCCAAGUGAUACACUGGUAUGUCAACAUCAUACAAGUUGGCUGGAUGAAACUGCGAUUUUUAGAUAGUGAAUUUGACAUUUGCAUACUAAGAAUUGGUGAUUAAAUGUGACAUCUGUGGAAUUUGCACAGCCAAGAGUUGCCAGAAAACUGCAGGGUGGGAAAGUGUGUGAACGCUGAGGGUUUUUUUUUACUCACUAGGGAGUCAUAUUGAUUUUGUUUUGUAUAUCGGAAAGAGUUUUCUUGUGGUUGGGGCGGUACAUAAUUCUUCCAUAGAUUCUAGUAUUCUGGUAUAAUCUUGAAGGGUUGUGAUUUUAAGCAAAUGUUUCAAUUAUUAUUACCCUACAAACCAAGUUCUGUUGAAAUAUGCUUUAAAGUCCCUAUAAAGUCAGAUAUUAUAUGUGCUCUGAGCUUGCACACCACAGAAAAAUUGUAUUAACCACCCAACCAAAUUUUAAUGAAAAAAGUCAAAGUAAAUAGGUUAUCAAAAUCUUGAUAAGACAGGAAGGAUUCUCUGCUUUCAAAUGGGGGGCGUGUCCGCUGUCAGCUCUGAAACCACGUCCACUCGGGGGGGAAGCUACCAUCUCCCUUAACUUUCAAAUCCCACUACAAUCUUAAUGGAUGCUCUUGAUUGUGUUAGGCGCGGGGCCAUGCGCGGUGGCUCAAGUGCGUCAUCAAGCCACCGUUUUAGGCUUACCUAAAAAUUCUGAGCUCAGAAAUGGUGUACAACUGUUUAACUUACUACAUACAGGGUUCCCACAGGUCCUUGAAAGUUUGUGAAUCAGGGAGAAAAAUUUCAAGGUCCUGGGAAGUUUUUGAAAUAUACAUACAUGCAUAGAUACAGGUCAUUAAAAGAGCUUGAUUCUAUUUUAUACAAGAAGUUUUCUGGAAAAAAAUCCAUAUUCCCUGUGUAGUGUAGGAUAAUAUCCUAAAAAUUCUAGACUUUUUAAGCACACGUGCUAAACUGUUCGCUUUAAAUGCUUAUAUCUUCUGUAUGCAAAUGUUGAUUCAUACCAAAAUGCUUUUUUGCAUAGUUGUGUUUCACACUUGAAAACGUCUCGGGUUACGUAUGUAACUGUUGUUCCCUGAAGGGAACGAGACGCUGCAUCUCUCUUGCCAUACGUCCUGCGUCCCUAUAACGCCGUCUUUGGCAAUAUUUCAGAUAGCGAUAUACUUCCUGGCUCCUGCGUCACCCUGUCUUUGUCGUUAAGCCUCACCAUUGGUUGAAUUUGAUAUACACAUUCAUACGCACUUACCCCUUGAGGCGCCCCCAAAGUGUCACCGCAGUGACGCAGCGCGGGUUCCCUCGAAAGAGAACUGUAACAAUGUAUCUUAAAAGGUAACACGAUGUAACCUUGCUCUUAUUUGAAAUGUGUCUCCACAUUUAGUCCUUGAAUUUGAGGGUAUUGGACCUGGAAAGUCCUUGAAAGGUCCUUAAAUUUGAAGUUAACUAAGGUGUGGGAACCCUGUAGAUAGUUUACAGUCUUUGUGGCGUGUUUCAGCAGUACAUUUCUAACAUUAUAAUGUGUUUAGAAACAAUUUUCAAGAUUGACUUUAAAGGGACUUUAAAUUUAGCAUUCUUUACCUGCAAAUUUUCUUUUAUAAAAAAAUAUUAUUUUAAUGCCUGUUCUAGAAAACGUUUUAAAGGCAUUGUUAUUGACAGUACAGAGAGGAACAUUGUGAAAUAUUAUUUGUGAUAUUCAUCAUUAGCUUUAAGCUCUAUAAUGAGGUUUGGUCUUAAACAACCAAUAUGCACUUUCAAGUACGUCAGUUCUUUAAAUGAAAGCAUUUGAUACUUUUUUAACCACAGGAAUAGUUUUAUCCAUUUUAUGUCAUUUUAAAGAGGUUAAAUACCGUAGGCUGGCUAGCUGACAAAGACUGAUGCAGUGUAAUAUUUCAUAAAUUGAAAUGUAAAACUUGUUAGAUCUUGACAUCCUCCACAUAAGGAUUUUUCUUUAUAAAUCUGCCCCAUGAAAAAGUGGGAUUAAUCUUUUACUCGCUUUGUGUGUCUUUCGGUAUACGCUCCUGGUAUUGUCCUAUCAAUGAAAUCAGAAGUUGUUUUGACAAGAUUAUGUUGGAGUGGAGCGAGAAACAGCGACGCUCGGCAUGACAGAGACACUGGUUAUGAUCGAAUGUUCGGAUUGACUUUGUUCUGAGAUGUCGUGUCAUUAAGAGCACAGAAAUUGAGCCGGAGUGCUGGAAGUUAAGAGUUUGUGUGUGAGAUAAAGUCCUCUAAAUGCACUAUAUGAGCACACCUUUAGGUGAGGUGAUAUGAUGCUUUGUUGGUGACGAUUAAUGAAGCUUGACAGCCUUUACGAGCAAUUAUAUUAGGUACUUUUUUUUUAGUUACAGGCCUAAAAUGAAACUGUGGUAGUGUCAUAAAGUGUUAUGAUAAUGCCGUAGUGGGUCUGCUUUAAUUUUUUUCUUUACCUUUUUUUAGAGAGAGGCUAUAAUUAUGUGUCAAUGUUUUGUUUCUCAUUGUAAGUAAUGACCUUAUGAAUUCAAAGAUAAGCUAGCUUGAAUAUCUUUCAUUCAGUACAUUUACAAAUGUUUACAGUAUCUAAUUAACCAAAUAGAAGAUGUAUUUUCGGACAUACUCCGUCUGGUCCUUUGGGGAAUCUGUACAGACAGAGUUUCUUGUCUUUUUUUGUGCCUUUGUUGUUUUAAACUUGAAGAUUUUGUUUUUCCUUCCUUGUUUACUUCAAACAGUGCUCCCUCACUUUGCCAUGACAGAUUUUUUUAAUAAACAAGGAAGUUAGGAACACAAUCUGUUACAUCGUCUUUAAAAAUGCAAAUGUUACCCAUAGCAGAUUUCCAGUUUCUAUAUUUUUUUAACUUGUAUUUUUCAGAGUAGAUUUUUUGCUGGGUUACAAGUUAUGAAAAGUUACAAAAGAACAGAAGGUAAAGUAGUGAAUAUUACAGGCUGGUUUAUGUGUAACUUCCCUUUGUUAAAACAAGUACUUAUAUAGUGUAAAUUUGGCAGCUUCUUUUUUCCUCUGCCUGCCUUCCUUCCUUAAAACCAUGGAUGGAAAACCCCUAAAAAGCAUAUAGCAAAAUGUAAGAGUAAUUUUACUAUGGCCAUCAUUUACUAUUGUGGUUAUAAAAUAAACAAUUUAUGUGUCAUUCACUUAAAUAGAAUGUUAAAUAAUAAACUUGUUUAUAAAUACAUAAAAGUUCAACGAUACACGGUUCGGGAUUUUGCAUGCAAUUGUUUUAAUUCAUUUGCAUAGUUACAACGAUAGCUCUAUAUGCCUCUAAGAAUUGUUUUAAACUUUCAAACUAAUUCAAUAUAAUUAGUUUUAUAUUCCAUUAUUGCCCUUUCAUAUUUUCAUCUGGUCAAACAAAAUGAUACCUAGUCCUGUUUCUCUCAAGUGCGUCUGAAGCUAUAAUGCAGAGUGCCAUUAGAGUCAGAAGAGAAGGGAGCACUGUUUGUAACCCUAUACAAUUCUACUGGAUGUGUGUGCACAAUCUUUAUGUACAUAUACUUCAGCUUCUUUAUUUCUUUUCAAUCUGUUUUUGGAUGCAGAUUUUUUUUUAGUGUACAGUUUGCGUCAGUGUUGUUUGUCUCUCAAACAGGUACACAAGCAUUAUGGAGAUUUGGCUCUUUAAUAGCUAGAUGAAAUUAUUUUUAAGACAAUAAAAACAUAUUGAGUUUAUUGCACCA